GUUACGCCCGUCAGUCCAUGAUUAGCUCCAGUUGUAUGUCGAUGGACUGUGUACCGAAUUCGAGUGUGUGAAGUGAAGUUACUUUUUGAAGAUAGUGAGAGUGUAAUGCUUCUUGGUCAUAGAAGUGAGAAGCCAAGAUGUUUGCAGCAACCCUCGCCAGCCAACUGGGGCCUCGGUUCCGAAUCGUCCUUCGAAAGCCUAUAAUAGAGAACAUAGCGUUCAAACUGCACUAUAAGGCGACAUGCACUCUCUUCCUAGCUGCUGUGAUCCUGGUCUGCAUGAGGGACUACUUCGGAGAUACCAUCAAAUGCAUGGCCGACAAUGGCGUCCCUACCCCGAUCAUUGAGAAAUACUGCUUCUUCAUGGCUACAUUUACUAUCGUUCGACAUUACAACGAGACUCUCCUGCAAGGCGGGUUCCUGCCGCACCCUGGCGUGGGCCCCAUGAUGGAGGCCGACGAGACCUUGCACCACACCUACUACCAGUGGGUGCCUUUCGUGCUGUUCCUGCAGUCCAUUGCGUUCUACAUGCCGCAUUAUAUCUGGAAGAAGAAGGAAGGUGGUAGAAUAAAAGCAUUAGUAGACGGCCUGCAGUACGCAAGCCUCGCACUGAUCAAAGAAGACAUGAAGGUUGGAAACAUGGACCUACCUUCUGAAGAAACGCUUAGCAAGCGUAUCGACAUCAUCCUUAAAGAUAUUAGAUUGAGGUUGCGCAUUACUCGCACAUGGUCAGUGUGGCUGGUAGCCAUGGAAGUGGCGAACUUACUGCACGUCAUUUUCGAGAUCUGGAUCAUCAACAGGUUCCUCAAUGGAGGCUUCAUUAGCUUGGGCCCCAGAGUGCUUAAUUUGAGUGAAUGGCAAAACAUUGCUGACCCACUCGAGACUGUGUUCCCCAAGGUGACAAAGUGCAUCUUCCACAAGUACGGUCCGAGCGGUUCUAUCCAGCAGCACGACGCGCUCUGUGUGAUGGCGCUGAACAUCAUCCACGAGAAGAUCUACGCCGUCCUCUGGUUCUGGCUGCUGUUCCUCUUCAUCGUCUCCGUUAUUGCUGUGAUAUGGCGCGUCGCGUCGUUCUUCCUGUACCGUCGGUCCCCGAAGUUCAACAUGAUGAUGUUCCAAAGAGUCACUUCAGCCAAGUUUGACCCCAUGAACGUCAUCCACAUCGUCAACGGCUGCCAGUUUGCUGACUGGCUAUUCCUCUACUACCUCGCUAAGAACAUGCAAGGCGCUGUGUUCAAGGAACUAUUCACUCGUCUGGCUAAUGAGCUGGCGAAGAAAGAAGUAGCUGGUCAUGAAGAUCCGAACGAGAAGAAGGGCGCUGAACCUGAACUCGUAAGCAUUGUCAACUACGAUGAUGAGACACUACCGCUGCAGGCUGAGAAGAAGUCUUCAUAGUCAUUAGUUAGUGAUAAGAUUAUGUUAUAGGUAUUUAAGGAAUGGAAUUCGAAUGAACGAUAGAAAGAAGGGUUUAAUGAUAAACUUGAUGAGACAGUUAAAUAUAAUUAUGACUUCAUGAUGAUAUUUUGACAAAAUAAAUCGAUAGAUUUCCACCGAAGUAGAUUUGUCAUGACAGGAAUUCAAAGACGGAUAUUACAGAAACAGGAUAGGCAUGUGAGAUUUACGGCCGAAUACUGAAUGGCUACUCAUUUUAAGUUGUACUUAAAUAUAGUGCCAUCUAUGUCAUUUUACAAAGAAUUUCUAGUGACAGAACUUUAUUUAUUAAGCGCGACUUAAAAUUGAGUAGCGUUUGAGUAUUUGGACGUUAAAUUUCAAACAGUAGUGACAUAUUUAGGUAGGCUAGUUAUAUUUCGUGCAAUCAUUAAGUAUAAAACUGUAUUUUAUUUGCUCAAAACAAGCUUUAGAACGUUUUUGUACUUAGACUACAGCAUGGAGUAAUUGUUCAUGAUCUACAGGAAUAUAUUGAUGUUAGAACAAUCGGAUUAAAAUUAGAAAAGUGUGGCCAAUAUUUUUUUAGUUGGUAUUAUAAUGACUUGGUACUAAAAUGUAUCCAUUGCUACAAGUACUAAGAAAUAUUAGUUCUUCCAAAAUAAAGAUUAGUGUUAAGGUCAACGAAUUUUCUAAAUUAUAAAAUACUUUGAUUUGUAAAUAUUAUUUUUGUUCUGUAUCUAUUAAAAUUGUGCUAAAAAGUGUCUAGUCCAUUUAUGUUUGUUGUUUUUUUAAAGUCUAUGUGAAUAAAUUUGUGUUAUUUUUUAUG